UUUAUUUUCCUGUGAAAGUUAUAGGAGUGUUUACUAGUUUGUGGAAUAUUAUGUGAUUUAAAAUAGAAACAAAUCAUGCAGGUCUCCUUUAGAAAUGUACAAGGAAAUAUGUUUUGUACAUUUAUCUUCAAUUAGUUAGUAUGAUAACAUUAGAAAUCAGAACCACAAUCUGAACUAUAUUGGAUUUAGAAUAAAUAAUGUCAAUUUUGGAAAACCUUGGAUUUAUAUCUCUUGUUAUUACCGUCGCGGCCAUUUUUAUGAGUUUUGUGACGCCAUAUUGGGUAAAUGAGUAUGAUGAUUAUAUCAUGAAACCGGUGCAUAAAGGUUUGUUGGUGAAUUGUGAGAAGGACAUGUGUUCUUGGUUCUUUAAUGAGAGGAUUAGCAGAGAGUUCCCAGCAUGGUUCAAGGCGACGCAGGGUUUGAUGUCCGUGGCGCUGGUCCUAGGCCUCCUGGCUCUGCUGGUGGCCACAAUAUCUCUGUGUUGCACGUGCCAUCGAUGUAACUCUCAUCAACCCAUCUGUGGAUUUCUCAUUGUCGCAUCUGUGGCUAUAGCGGUAGGCAUCGUGAUAUUCGGGAUCAAGGCGAAGCAGGAUUGGGGCAUAGACUUACAGGUGGAAAAAAUGUCUAGAGGCCGGUUUGGAUGGUCAUUUUGGACAGCCAUAGGGGCUGCGGUCAGCGCCCUGCUGACUUCUACCAUAUACUGUUGUAUGAAAAGAAAGAGCCAAUAAAUGGAGCAUUGCGUGAGAUGAAAGUGGAAUGGAUGUUCCUGCAUUGUACUAGUCCUAGCUUUAUAGACUUUUACUUUCACACGGCUACUGUUGAGUCUAAGAUUGAUGGUGUUGGAAACUCAACACGUCCGUGUCCAAAUUCAGUACACGCUGUUUUAGUAUACAUUUUGUACAAUAAAUUUUUUCGAAUAUUUUUUUUACAAAAAUAUAAUUUUAAUACAGACAUUAUUCACUACUAGAAGAAUUUAUGAAAGAUACUUAUUAAACACCUGUUUACCACUGGGUGGGAAGAUUUGACGCACCGCAACUCAUUCUGUAAACCACUUUCGCGUGUGUACGAUUGUUUAAGAUGUUAUGUCGUGGUUAUAAAUAGCGACUAAUGAGCUUGUCGAAAGCUAUUAAAGCAAUGAUAUUCACAACUUUUUUAAAUACUUAAUGCCACAAUUACCUUGUUGAUUUCCCUCUCAUUUAUGAAUCGUCUGGCUGGAUAGUUUAAUGUUUUUACAUUGCAGUUAUUAUU